AACCAUUCCUCGCCAGUAGGUGGCAGCCGAGCAUCGAAGGGGUAGACCGCAUCUCUACCCUCCACGAAGAAGAGCAAGCCCCGUCCCCGCUAGACCUCCCAGAUAGGUGUCUACCGCCGUCGAGCCGACUGCCGCCGAAGACCUCCCCACCCAAGUCCGGGAUAAACUUCUCUCGCUGUCUGUAGCCCAUCGUUUCGGUCAUGGCGACGAGUGCGAAGCGAAAACAAGAGGAGACUCAUCUGAAGAUGUUGCGCGAGAUGACGAGCCAACCGCCGAAUAGAAAGUGCUUUGAUUGUGAUCAGCGCGGCCCGACUUACGCCAACAUGACAGUGGGAUCUUUCGUUUGUACCACCUGUUCGGGAAUACUACGAGGUCUCAACCCCCCCCACAGAGUGAAGUCCAUCUCAAUGACAACAUUCACACAACAGGAAAUCGAGUUCCUACAGAAACACAGCAACGAGGUGUGUAAACACAUCUGGUUGGGCCUGUAUGAUGACAGGACCUUGGUCAUCCCGGACUUCCGUGAGCCUCAGAAGGUGAAGGAGUUUCUCCAGGAGAAGUACGAGAAGAAGAGAUGGUAUGUUCCUCCAGACCAGGCGAGGGCGCUGUCCAGUGUCCAGGCGUCCGUGUCGGGCUCCUCAGCCAGCAGCACAGGAAGUACCCCAGAGGUCCCUCCUCUGAAGACCCUGCAGCUCAACAAGACCCCCCCUCGCCAGUCUCCUGGGAUUAGUCGCUCCAAAGCCUGUGCCAUUGUUCAGGAGAAAAAGUUUGAUCUGCUGUCAGACCUGGGCGGUGACAUCUUCGCCGCCCCGACCAAUCAGGCGGCAGGCUCAGCUAACUUCGCCAACUUUGCACAUUUCCCCAGACAAUCAGCAACUCAGGCUAACUCCGGGGCAGCAGACUUUGCCAACUUUGAGGCGUUUGGCAACUCCGGAGUUCCAUCUCAUUACGGCACCCACCCCCCCUCACAUUCUGUUACCUCAGGCGGGGGCGUUCCCAUCCCCUCCAUGGCGGGUGCAGUACCAGCGCAGGCCCAGCAGGGGAGCUCUGCCGGCGACCGCUACGCUGCCCUGGCCGAGCUGGACAACGAGCUGUCCUCCUCCGCUCCUACUGGGAGCAGCGUGCAGGGGAACAUGUUUGGAGCCGUGUUGGGGAGCUCUCCUGCCCAGACCCAGCCUGUCCUUCCCAGCAUGCAACAGGGCUUCGGAGCUGUUCCGUCCACCAACCCGUUUGUUGCCGUGGCUGUUGCCACGGAGAUGGCCACCAACCCCUUCCAGACCAAUGGCAGAGCUCCAGCAGCAGCUUCGUUCGGUACCGGCUCUAUGAGCAUGCCCGCUGGCUUCGGGAACUCCUCUUCCUUCUGCCUCCCGACCAGCUUCAGCGGAACCUUCCAGCAGCCUUUCCCCGGCACGGCCCCCUGCCCCCCCGGGAACUACCACCCCCCGCCCAAUGGUCCAGGAUACCCAGUCUAUGGGCACACUAAGCCCUCUAUCGCCCCCUAUGGCCAGCCAAUGGCAGGGCCUGGCUUGACCAAUAACCCCUUUAUGGCGGGAGCCCCAGCAGGUUCCUUCCCCAGUGGGGGCUCCUCCACCAACCCCUUCCUGUAGCGCACCUCCCAGCCUCCGCCACCAGAGGGCAGCAUGCACAGCACCUACUCAGCACAUCCGCCGCCAGUGACUUUACUACACACUUCUGAUCACCACACAAAGACGAAGAAAAAGGAAAAGAAAACUAUGCUUGUGGACACUGGACAGAAACAACCACACUAUGAACUACAGGACUAUUCUGGAAAGAUGCCCUUGGAACGAUAGACACAUUCUAUAUAUAUAUAUUAUUACAUUGUUUAUGAGACUGUAUACUCUCUGUGCAUAUCAUCCUUUGUAAUCAUGUUUUAUGUACGUUAUCUAUAAGUGAGUGGACAAACACAAGGGGUUCCAUAUGGUUCUGUACAGGGAGAGAACCUGGAUGAGUUCUGAGGGGGGGGGGGGGGGGGGAGAGAUCAUAGAUUACAGUUGUCAUAUAAUAAGAAGGUGGCUGGGGAGGGGGGGGGGGUGAGGGAAGGUAGAAGAUGGAGAUGGUUGAAGAUUUUUUUCUCCUUCUCCUCUUUAAUCCUAUACCUGCCAGGCUGUUAUUCGGCCUACUGUAAUCCCAGGCACGUUAGAUUACCUAAUCUCCCACUCCCCCCCCCCCCCCUGCUUUCUACCUCCUCUCUGUAAUCUCAGAUGGAUCGUGAGGGAGUACAGGUGGAGGCCUGUGCCCCUGCGCACCACCUGUACACUACUGUUACCUAUCCAGGCAAGGUACAACACGUUCACACAGACCUGGCUCUGAAAGGGAAUAGGUUAACUUGUGCCACCAAUCACUAACAAUGGAUUUUACAAUUUACUCAUAACGACAUGAUUAUGUAAGUCAAUGUGUACAUAUAUAAAUAUAUUAAAGAUUUUUAACUACA